GUAACAUUUGAAGCUAUCUAUGAACUGCAUAACUUGAAAAGCAACGGAUCAGAAUCACCUAGACACCGCGAGCAACAUCUGGUCACGGUUGUGCUGUGUGUGGGGUGGGGAAAGUGCAACAGCCUGAUAAUUAGGGGUAAAAUAGGCCAGACCUGUCAUGUAACAUUUCUCUGUUACUUUGGCAACCAUGGAAAGCCUGCAGGAAUAUGGAUUGACCUCCACUGAUGCUGUUUCUGUAGCUGGGGCUUCAGGUCCUUACCCCAGCUCUAAGAGUGACGCGGUGACCAGUGACCUCCAGGAACUGUCUCUUCAGCCCACCCCCAGCCUUUUGUUGCCCAUUCAGGAGCGGAGGAACGUGCUGCAGAUCAAGCUUCAGCAAAGACGCACACGAGAAGAACUGGUCAGUCAGGGCAUCAUGCCACCCCUGAAAAGUCCUGCUGCCUUCCAUGAACAGAGACGCAGUUUAGAGAGAGCCAGGACAGAGGACUAUCUAAAGAGGAAGAUUCGCGCUCGACCAGACCGCUCUGAGCUGGUCAGGAUGCAUAUUCUGGAGGAGACAUCAGCAGAGCCCUCUCUGCAGGCAAAGCAGCUGUUGUUGAAGAGAGCUCGCCUGGCUGACGACCUGAACGAUAAACUGGCCCAGCGGCCUGGGCCCAUGGAACUUAUCCAGAAAAACAUCCUCUCAGUCAACUGCAGCCUCACACAGGCUAUGAUAGAAGAAGCAAACACUUCCUGUGAUGACGAGAGCAGUGAUGCUUUUUCUCCUGAUCACUCCAUCAGUCAUCACUCUCCUCUUGGCAUCACCCUGCCAACUUCAUCAUCUGAUUCACUGCCUAGCACCUCCUCACCUGCAGAGGUUUCUCCUCCCCCACCCCCUCCUUUACCUGUGACCACUGCUCCUGCCCCUGGGCAGAAUCUGAUCAAUGGGACGGCAGCACCCCAAAGGCACACAUCUGGACAAGUUAAGGGUGGUAAGGCAGCUCCUGAGCGAAGUAAGAAACAGAGAGACAGCAAGCCCAAGGUGAGAAAGCUGAAGUACCACCAGUACAUCCCUCCUGACCAGAAAGUGGGGAAAGAACCUCCAACCAUGUUGGACUCCACCUAUUCCAAACUGCUCCACCAGCAGCAGCUCUUCUUACAGCUGCAGAUCAUCAGCCAGCAGCAACAGCACUGCAACUACCAAGCCAUCCUCCCAGCUCCACCCAGGCCUCCAGCAGACCAGCAAGCACCUUCAACCAAUGGCAUGACUUCAGUGAGGUCCACACCACCCUCUCAACCAACAUCCACCAAUAUGAAUGGCCCAAGUCGCCACCCCAUUGCAGUAGCACUUGACGCUAAUCUACCACCAGUGCCCUCUAACCUGGAUGAACUAAAGGUGGCAGAGCUGAAGCAUGAACUCAAACUACGUGGCCUCACUGUCUCAGGGACCAAAAACGACCUUAUAGAGCGCCUGAAAAACUUCCAAGAACAAAAUGGUGGCAAUGCACCAUUCAGUACCACAGGGAGCACUAGUGUGCCAGCUGACUCUAAUACCAGCACAUCCCAGUCAACAUCACAGCAACCUACCCAAUCCCUAGCCUCCACCACUGUCUUCAACCAGUCAGGAAACUCUGGCAUGGUUGUGGCAGCUUUACCAUUGGUUGCCAGUCUGGGAGGGGGUGGAGCUCAGCCUGCAACUCAGUCUCAUUUUAGCGGUUCUAGUCCCUCAUCUCCUGGAUCUCCCACCCCCUCUGAGCACUCAUUGGCUGGGAUAAGCCCAGAUGACCAGAGCUGUAAUGGAGAUGCUUUUGGAGACAUGGUGAGUUCUCCUUUGACCCAGCUCUCCCUCCAGCAUUCUUCUCCUGAUCCUUCCUUUGCAACCCCGCCCUCAGCACCCCCUGCUGCCUGGCCCCUCGCUGAGUCUGGCCCCUUCCACCUUGCUCGGGGGGGAGUGGACAAAGACAGAAUGUUGCGGGAGAAAGACCGGCGCAUUGCGAAGCUGACACGCAUGCUGCAGGAGAAGCAGCAGCAGGUGGAGGCGCUGCGUUCCCAGCUGCAGGAUCAGCAGGCUGGGGGUGGAGCUUGCCAACCACAUCCACCAAUCACCAUCAAGGAGGAGCCUCAGGACAUUCCUAUGGAGGAGGUGGAGCCAGAACAGCAGUGCGUGGUGGAGGAGCAGGUGCAACUGCAGAACCAGCUCAACCUACACAGACAAACGCAGCACAGGAGGAAGAAAAUGUACAGCAGGUUGCAGAACCACAUGUUUUCUGCACAGCCAGAGACUUACUCCCCGCAGACCUCCCAGCAGAGCUCCUCCCAGCAGACCUUCCAGCAGAGCUCCUCCGACCAAACCUCCAAGCAGACCUUCCAGCAGAGCUCCUCCCUCCAAACCUCCCAGAAGAGCUCCUCUCAGCAGUCCUCCUUCGAGCAGGUGUCUCAAGUGUUUGUCAAGCAGCAGUCAGGAACCCUCCCCUCGUUGUCAUUGGAUGUCCUUAAAUCAAACUCCUCCCGAACACUAGUGAUGGACAGCAACGGCAAUCACUUCCUGCUAAUGCUGACCAAUAACAACACUGAUAACCAAGCCAAUGACAACCCACCUACCAACAUGGCCAAUCCAAUCACUCUUCAGAGAAUGGAGUCCACACCCACCAAGCUAUCCAGUCAAGCAGCAUCUCAGAUACCUAUCAGUGACGUCAAAUCAAAGCCACUGACAAUCUGUAAACAACCAAUCAAAAAGGCAUUAAAACCUGAGAAACAUGUCUCACCCAAUCACAUGAAAGCACGCUAUGCGCUGUCCAAUGUACAGUCAUUUUUAGCCAAGGUAGAUCCUGUCUCCACUAAUGUUCUGAUGGACUCCUCUUCAAACCAAAGAAAGGAGAUGCGUGUGGGUGCAGACCAACAUACAGUUUUCUCUCCUUCCCCCUUUAACCUAAGGUCUACCCUAACUUCACGCCGAAAGAAGAACGGACGCACUCAGCGUGUGGAUAACCUAUUUGACACCCUUGUUCAGAAUGGUGAAAUCUCGGAAAAUUUCAGACCGACUCCCGAUCCUGCUCUGUCCUGCCUCUGCCCACAUACUCCGCCCCUUUCACCAAGCUCCUCCCCUCUUCAGCUUUCCCUGCCCUCUCCUUCCAUCACAGAAACCCCUCGGGAACCUUUAAUGGAUGGGUCUUCUGCUCAUGGAGAACUUCCUAACUGCAGUGCUGGAAGUGGGCGCCUGGAGGACUUCCUUGAAAGCACCACUGGAAAACCUCUUUUGGGGGUGGAGCCUGGUGGUCAUGUCACUCUCAUUGAUGAACUCCACAGCCAAUUGUUAAGCACACCUAGUAUCCUGGACCACCCUUCCUCACCAAUGGACACAUAUGACCUUGGGCUGCCAUCCAGUCAUACGGGGCUAGAGCUGGCAGAAUCCGCCCUCAACAGCAUGGAUUGGCUAGAUCUUGGUUUGAGUGGAACAGGUGGGGAUGGGCCAGGUGUAGUGGGCCUCAAUGGACACCCUUCCACUAGUGUGUUUUCAACAGACUUUCUGGACAGUUCUGAUCUUCAGCUGCACUGGGACUCCUGCUUAUAACCAAAUGAAACUCACACAAGGAACUAAACACACACACACACAUGCAAUUAACCACACACAUAAACACACACACACACACACACACACACACACAUUUGCUGUUGUAGUCAGUGCCCUUGUGGUCCUAUAUUGCCAAACAGCCGAAUGUUUCCUGUCAUACUGAGCCUUCUAGUGUCUGCUGUCCUUUCACUUGGAGUAACUCUAUAAAACUACACAUCAGUCCAGUUGCUUCAAGAGACCCAAUUGGUUAAAAGAUUGCAGUUUUGAACACCUCUUAGCCCUCAUAAUGUGAUUUGUUUACUAACCACAUUCAGGAGGUAUUGGGUGGCUGAACAUGCAAAAGAGAUGUAGUCUCCCUCAUUAGCUAACAUUUGAACAUCUGACAGUUUCUAAGAUCUAAAUCACAUUGUUAUUGAGCAGGCUGCCUGGUCUGUGGGGUCAGGGGUCAUUGUACUAUUGUCAUUUUUAAGGAAGCUGUAGUUUCACUGAGGUCAUUUUUAAAACAGUGAAUGUUCUGACACACUAACACACAGAUUCUCUGACUGGACAGCAGCAUUGAAACACUAGUGAAUCAGUUUUCUUGUGCUGGCUCAGGGCCACGUGGCCACGUGGCUAGGCUCUGGCACCACACGCGAAGAGCACACUUAGAGCUGUGACAUCACUAAAACAUGCACUGGUGUGUGCACAAGGGCCAGAGCUAACUCUAACCUAUGUUUUAACAUACCAUGGCCAACAUCAGCUUACUUUCCUUUUGUCUUGAGUGAGAAACAAAUGGCUAUCUAUAAGAGCCAGAGGCAGCACGUAUCUAGCUAUGGGCUGACUCUGGCUCGUUGACAUCAGAGAUCCUGUAUCCCACUGAUGACUUUAGCCCACACAUGGCCCUCUGUUUGAUAACAUGUACUUCAGUGCAUGGUAACUCCAAGCACAAAGUGCUCAUGCAUCACCCAGGUGAAGAGCUACUAUCUGUUCUUGUACAGUAAGGACACAGUCCCAUGUACUCGUCUGUGGUGUGUAAGACCCAGAGCUUGUGUUAGAGCAACCUCAAUUACAAGUGGCAAAGACUGGAUAUGUGACAGUCCAAGUCCAGGAACUGAGUUACAUCUGUGCGUUUGUGUGUUUAUAACCACUGGUGAGAUAUAGAUUGGCUGAAUUUACAUAAGAGGUACAUAUGCAUGACUGGUAAGCAGGCACACACACACACACACACACACACACACACACACACACACACACACACACACACACACACACACACACACAUUCACACAUUUCUCUAUUUCAUUUUUUUACUUCAGUGUAUUUACUGUGUUGCUGCUUAUGCAACUCAGGAUCCUUGUGUGUGUGUAUGAUCUGUUUGUCUUGUAUGUUUGCAUACAUGUUAAUAUAUGGUAUAUAAUCAUGCACAGGGGAAUCGUUAUUCUGUAAUGCUUCCUCUCUCAGUGUAAAUGUGCACUUAGAAUGGCUUGGACUGUGUGGUUAAACCCGGACUGGACUUUUGCUCAUGGAAUGGGCUCUGAAAGCCAGUAGCCAGCAGUCCCAUUCCCACUAGGUGGCUGGACAUGUUAUAGCCUCCCUGUCACUGGCUGUUACAGUGUGUUACAGCCUCCUUAUCACUGGCUGUUACAGCUUCCCUUUCACUGGCUGGCUGGACGUGUCACAGAUAGGGCCUAAAGUUUGGGCAUUUAUAAUGUUUGUUUUUCCCUUUAAAUAAAUGAAAAAUAAAAGU